AUGCCACAAACCAGUGGGACUCAGUCCCUGAAUCCAUGGGGCACCCUGGAAUUUUCCCCUCCCCAGCCUCGGAAGCGAGAGGCCGUGGCCAAGCAGCAGGGACAUGGGAUUGAUAUUAAGUUCCCGCCGCCGGAUCCCGGAGAAACGAGCUUUAAUGCAAAGGCUGGGGGUGCAUGCAGCCAUCCUGCCUACCAAAAUAUCCGUGGGGAUGCACCAGCCCCCCCAUUGAUCCCAACCCUUUCCUCCCAGGGCUCCGUGGAUUGUCCCAACCUGGAGUUUGAAUAUGGAGAUGCUGACAGCCACAGCACCCAGCUGGCAGAGCUGUACAGCUACACUGAGGAGCCCGAGCUCAGCACCAACAGGAGAUGCUUCGAGGAGGAUUUUCAGGCUCAAGUGCAGGGCAGGAGGUGGCUGGAGCUGGAUGGGACUCAGCAGAAGGCCUAUGUCAUGCACCUGCUGGAUGGGCUGGAGGUGGUUAACAGGGACAAGAGGCUCAGGGUAGCACGGGCCAUCCUCUACCUGGCACAGGGUGUCUUUGGAGACCUCGAUAAUGAAGGCGAUGUCCUGUACUGGUCUCGGCACAACAGCUUCCUUCUGUACCAGCUGGGAACCUUCACUGCCUUCCUGGAGCUCCUCAACAUGGAGAUCGACAACAGCCAGGCCUGCAGCAGCGCCCUGAGGAAGCCGGCCAUCUCGCUAGCCGACAGCACGGAACUCAGGGUGCUGCUCAGUGUCAUGUACCUGAUGGUGGAGAACAUCCGCGUGGAGCAGGAGACAGAUCUCCCCGAGUGGAAGACCUGCCGGGAGACCUUCAGGAUGGAGCUGAGUUUCCCUGUGCACACUGAAGAGCCGUUUGCUCUCCUGCUCUUUACCAUGGUGACCAAGUUCUGCAGUGGCCAUGCUCCACACUUCCCCAUGAAGAAGGUCCUGCUGCUGCUCUGGAAGGUGCUUCUGUUCACGCUGGGUGGAUUUGAAGCCCUGCAGCUGCUGAAGGUGAGGAGGCGGGAGGAGCUGGGGCUGCCACCCUUGCCAGAGGACAGCAUCCAGGUGGUGCGCAGCAUGCGCGCCGCAUCGCCGCCCGCCUGCUCCAUCGAGCUGAUGGACCAGCAGCAGCAGCAGCAGCAGCAGCCCUUGGUGAAGCAAGACAGUUUAGAUAUCUACAACGAGAGAGACCCUUUCAAGAGUGACGAAGGAGGGGUUGAUGAAGAGGAGAAUGAUGAUGUGGACAGUGGGAUUGAGGGGCAACUGGACCUGCUGGAGCGAGACACAAUAAUCCCUGUGCUGCCUGCUCAGCGCCCGCCUAUCGAGAGGGUGUCCUUCCCCAAAGGGCUACCCUGGGCCCCCAAAGUCAGACAGAAAGACAUCGAGCACUUCCUCGAGGCAAGCAGGAACAAAUUCAUUGGAUUCACGCUGGGACAGGACACUGAAACCCUGAUAGGGCUACCACGGCCCAUCCAUGAAAGCGUGAAGACCCUGAAGCAGCACAAAUAUGUUUCCAUCUCAGACGUCCAGAUCAAGAAUGAGGAGGAGCUGGAGAAGUGUCCCAUGUCUCUGGGGGAAGAGGAGGUCCAAGAAACUCCUUGUGAGGCCUUGUACCAAGCCAUGUUGUACAACCUCCCCCAGUACAUGAUAGCUUUGCUGAAGAUCCUCCUGGCUGCAGCCCCCACCUCCAAAGCCAAGACCGACUCCAUCAACAUCCUGGCAGAUGUGUUGCCUGAAGAGAUGCCCAUCACAGUUCUUCAGAGCAUGAAACUGGGGAUCGACGUGAACAGGCACAAAGAGAUCAUCGUGAAGAGCAUCUCAGCUUUGCUGCUGCUGCUCCUCAAACACUUCAAGCUGAACCACAUCUACCAGUUUGAGUACGUGUCCCAACAUUUGGUGUUUGCCAACUGCAUCCCGCUGAUCCUGAAGUUCUUCAACCAAAACAUCAUGUCUUACAUCACUGCCAAAAACAGCAUCUCCGUCCUGGAUUAUCCACAUUGUACAGUCUGUGAUUUGCCUGAGCUCACUGCAGAAAGCCUGGAGGCUGGAGACAACAACCAGUUCUGCUGGAGAAAUUUAUUCUCCUGCAUUAACUUGCUGAGGAUCCUCAACAAGCUGACCAAGUGGAAACACUCGAGGACAAUGAUGCUGGUAGUCUUUAAGUCAGCCCCAAUACUGAAGCGAGCUCUGAAGGUGAAGCAGGCCAUGAUGCAGCUGUAUGUCCUCAAGCUGUUGAAAAUCCAGACCAAAUACCUGGGGCGCCAGUGGAGGAAGAGCAACAUGAAGACCAUGUCUGCCAUCUACCAGAAGGUGCGGCACCGCAUGAACGACGACUGGGCCUACGGCAAUGACAUCGAUGCCAGACCCUGGGAUUUCCAGGCUGAGGAAUGCACCCUCAGGGCCAACAUCGAAGCCUUCAACAGCCGGAGAUACGACAAACCUCAAGACUCAGAGUUUGCCCCGGUGGACAACUGCCUGCAGAGUGUGCUGGGCCAGCACCUGGAGCUCCCCGAGGACUUCCACUACUCCUACGAACUCUGGCUGGAAAGGGAGGUGUUUUCCCAGCCCAUUCGCUGGGAGGAGCUGCUGCACUACCAGUGAGAGCAACACCUUCACCUGCCCCCGGUCCCAGCUCGAGGAGGACUCAAGGUGCUACAACGCAAAGGAAAGGAAGA